UUUUAUUGUUGACGACUUUGACAAUUUCAAAAAGUGUCAAACAGCAGGCAAAAUGUUAAAAAUAAUUUUAACAAAACUGUUAAAAAAAACAAGACUGUCCGUUCACUUUUACUCAACCGAGGCCACUUUCGAGUUGAAGCCCUUCCGUCUCCACCGCCUUGAGACGGGCCCUGCCACCCAAGUCACCCUCACAAAACCUGACGCUUUAACCAUCUACGACCAAAUGCAAACCAUCCGCAAAAUGGAAACGGCCAUCAGCAAAUUAUACACGGCUAAAGCCAUCCGGGGCUUCUGCCACCUGUACGCCGGCCAGGAAGCCGUGGCUGUGGGGGUCCAAUACAACGUGCGCCCCAACGACAUCAUCGUCACCAGUUACAGAAACCACGCAUGGACUCUCCUCAAUAGCAAUUUAGACCCCGCUCCCGUCGUCUGCGAGCUCAUGGGGACCACGGGCGGGUGCUCAAGAGGCAAAGGGGGCUCCAUGCACAUGUACGGGAAGAAUUUCAUCGGGGGUAGUGGCAUAGUGGGGGCCCAUGUGCCCCUGGGCGCGGGCGUCGCCUUCACCUUCAAAUACAAGAACGAGGAUAGGGUUGCGAUAACGGUGUAUGGGGACGGGGCUGCCAACAACGGGCAAGUCUUCGAAGCCUUCAAUAUGGCGAAAAUGUGGAAGCUGCCUUGCUUGUUCCUCUGCGAGAAUAACUUGUUCGGCAUGGGGACAAGUGUUGACAGACAUGCAGCCAAUAAAGAGUUUUACACCAGAGGGGAUUACAUUCCGGGGGUUUGGACUGACGGCAUGGACGUUUUAAUGGUGAGGGAAGCCGUAAAGUUUGCAUUUAAUCAUUGCAUCUCCGGCAAAGGGCCCAUUAUUAUCGAAGCACAAACGUACCGAUAUUUCGGACACUCUAUGUCCGACCCCGGCACCAGCUACCGCACUCACGAAGAAGUCAAAGAGAUGAGGAGUAAAAGAGACCCCAUUACGAAUUUCAAGCAAAAGAUUCUAGACGCGAAACUUGUGACUGAAGACGAGCUUAAGGAAAUUGAAAACAAGCGCAAGAAAACCGUAGACGAUGCUGUAGCCAAGUGCAAGAAAGACAAAGAGGUGGGGCUUGAAGAACUGACGAUUAACAUUUAUUCCAACGAUGUUUAUAAAGAAAUUCGAGGGGUUAGUCCGUUUUCUAAGUUACAGCAUAAAGUAGUGAAAAUUUAACGUGAAAGCAAAAUAAUAAAUUUUCAAAACUGCA